AUGUGGUUAGGGCAGGCGCAGCAAGGCGUGGGAGCAGCCCGGACCUGUAAGUUUAGAAAGAAAAAACAGCAGGCGGUGGUUCGGGACAAGGGGACUGGAGAGAGCUUGAGGACGCAGGUUGGGCCGUUGGCAAAGCAGGUGAAGAAGGAGGAAGAGGAGGACAACGCCACAUCUGGUUCCCUGCAGCUGAGGGAUGUGGGGCCACCCCCUGAGGACCAGAGGAUGUUGACCUCCCCCCACUCCAGCCAGAGUGUAGCCCCCUUUGGAGAAGUGGCCACGGAGCUACUACUGGAAGCAUUCCCCAGGGGCUGCGUGGCUCGGUGGCCAAGCAUCCCCAAGCUGCGGUGGGUCCCUUCGGAGGCAGGGGCUGCUCUCCUAAAGCUCCUGGUGAAAGGCAAGAUGGACAGGAGAGGGGUCCUGAGCUGCCUGCCUUAUCAGCGCUGGCUGGGACUCGACCCCAGCACUGACAGCUCUUGUCAUAGCCCGUCAGGCCUCAUUCUUACUGCGGAGGAGGGCGUGAGAGACAAAGCUGCCAGUGUCCCCCACGCCCGGGGUGCCCUCCUACCUGCUCUAACUCCCCUUCUGUCUCCUGUACCAAACAGCACCCCUGAUGGCAGCUAA